CUGAUCUUUGACAGAAGUAGCAGAGAGUAGCCUACGACAGCGCAUUAUGCCGACGCCACCCCUGUUGUUUGGCCCUGGAGUACGAGCGACAGUGUUGGUUGACGCGGUGUGGGGACGGGAGGCGUGACAGUAAGUCCAUUGCACUUGGCCUUGGCAACUCCACCUCCACCAUUUCGCCCAUGUGUAGCCUACUUUGUGCACUGCCACACACACACGCACUCUGUGGUCGUUGAGCCCGUGUGCGGUCUCUCUCUCCUUUUAGCUCUAGAUUAGCCAUUUUCAUAGGUUUUACCAACACCCCACUCUCUGUAAUUCUCUCCGACUCUAUCCCCCCGCACAACUUCAAGGCGAUUUUCCUAGUCUUUACCCCGACGUUGUUCGUGUUUUUUUAUCCCGGACAGUAUUUUGCUUCGUUAAAGUGUAUUUUUGACAGAAGUGCGCACAGAUGGAGGACUAUCACAAACCCGACCAGCAGACCCUGCAGACGCUUAGGAACAUCGCCAACCGGCUCCGGAUCAAUUCUAUUAAGGCUACUACUGCGGCAGGCAGUGGUCACCCCACAUCAUGCUGCAGUGUGGCAGAGAUCAUGUCUGUGCUCUUCUUCCACACCAUGAAGUACCGCCCUGAGGAACCCCGGAACAUCAACAGCGACCGCUUCGUCCUCUCCAAGGGCCAUGCAGCCCCGGUGCUUUACGCGGUGUGGGCCGAGACAGGCUACCUGAAGGAGAGCGAACUGCUCAACCUCCGUAAGGUCGACUCCAUCCUGGAGGGACACCCUGUGCCGAAGCAGCAGUUUGUGGAUGUGGCCACCGGCUCUCUUGGACAGGGUCUGGGGGCUGCCUGCGGGAUGGCCUACACUGGGAAAUACUUUGACAAGGCCAGCUACAGUGUGUACUGCCUGCUGGGUGAUGGGGAGAUGUCUGAGGGCUCGGUGUGGGAGGCCAUGGCUUUCGCCUCUUACUACCAGCUGGACAACCUGGUGGCCAUCCUGGACAUCAACCGUCUGGGACAGAGUGACCCGGCUCCCCUGCAGCACCAUGUGGAGAAGUACCAGAAACGCUGCGAAGCCUUCGGGUGGAAUGCCAUCAUUGUGGACGGGCACAGUGUGGACGAGCUGACUAAGGUUCUGAGCCAACCCCGUCACCAGCCCACCGCCAUCGUAGCCAAAACCAUCAAGGGGAAGGGAAUCCCAGCUGCGGAGGACAAGAUGGGCUGGCAUGGGAAGCCCCUGCCUAAGGAGAUGGCUGAGGGGGUGCUGAAGGACAUCCAGGCGCGCAUCAUGAACAGUAAUAAGCGCCUGUACCCCGCUACGCCCACUGAGGACGCCCCGCCCGUCAGCCUGCGCAACGUUCGCAUGCCCAGCGCACCCAGCUACAAACUCGGAGAGAAGAUUGCCACGCGGAAGGCCUAUGGCAUGGCUCUGGCUAAGCUAGGCCGCUACAACGAGCAUGUGGUGGCUCUGGAUGGCGACACCAAGAACUCCACCUUCUCUGAGCUCUUUAAGAACGAGCACCCCGAACGCUACGUCGAGUGCUACAUUGCCGAGCAGAACAUGGUGAGCAUUGCGGUGGGCUGUGCCACGCGGGACCGCAACGUGGUGUUCGCCAGCACCUUCGCCACCUUCUUCACGCGUGCCUACGACCAGCUUCGCAUGGCCGCCAUCUCCGAGAGCAACAUCAACCUGUGUGGCUCCCACUGCGGCGUGUCCAUCGGAGAGGAUGGUCCUUCUCAGAUGGGCCUCGAAGACAUUGCCAUGUUCAGAGCCAUUCCCACGGCAACCAUUUUCUACCCUAGCGACGGCGUGUCCACUGAGAAAGCUGUGGAGCUGGCCGCCAACACGAAGGGUGUGUGUUUCAUCAGAACCAGUCGCCCAGAGAACACUGUUCUUUACAACAGCAACGAGGACUUUCAUGUGGGACAGGCGAAGGUUGUGUACAAGACCAGCGAUGAUCAUGUGACGGUGAUCGGAGCGGGCGUGACCCUUCAUGAGGCACUGGCAGCUGCUGAAAUGCUAAAGAAGGAGAGGAUCAACAUUCGAGUGAUUGACCCUUUCACCAUCAAGCCUCUGGACUCCAAGACCAUCGUCGAGCACGCCAAGGCCACCAGGGGACGCAUCAUCACAGUGGAGGACCACUACUACGAGGGGGGCCUGGGAGAGGCCGUGUGUUCAGCUGUGGUAAAUGAGACGGGCUUCAAUGUGCACCGUAUGGCCGUGGCCCACGUUCCCCGCAGCGGCAAACCCACUGAGCUCCUCAAGAUCUUCGGCAUCGACCGCGACGCCAUCGUGCAGGCCGUCCGCAAGAUGCUCAGCAGCUCCGCCAACGCCAAGUAGACCACUACCGCUGCCACGGCACCAUUGUCAUGGAAACCUCAACAGGGAAGCACUUCUGGCCACACCCGCUCUCCCUCUCUGAGAAUAAGAAGUAUGAAUCAAAUAAUAAUAACUGUCAAUGUGGUUUUGAACCUUGACCCCUUUUAAGUUCAGUACCCCCACUCCACCCCAGAGAAAGUAAUGAGUACUGCUGUCGUCUAAGUAAGCAGUGAAUGUUUUUUUGAGUAAUUUUUGUCCCCCCCCCAAAAAAUCCACAUUGGACACACCCCGCGUGAGUGUGUGGACAUGGGUCUGGUGUAGAGCACUGUUUUUAGCCCCUCCUGACGGGGACUUCACACCAAUAAAGGAAUGGUUUCUUCACA